UAACAAAAGCUGAUAUAAUACCCCUCCCUUACUAGGAAAAGAAAAAAGAUGGCAAAAUCGAAGAACCACACCAACCACAACCAAUCCCGCAAGAAUCACCGCAAUGGGAUUAGUCGCCCGUUGCCGCUAUACCUGAACAACUCCAAGCGGGGCGGAUGGCUGCCCUCGCUCAUCAACGCCCGCCGCGUGCGCAAGAAUAACCAAAAAGAGGCUAUUAAACGACGCCGUGAGCGGAUUGCGAACUUCCAGGCCAAGCAGAACUAAGCAAACGGCACCUUUUCCUUUGGUUUAGGAGGGUCUAUUGUGUUUAGUUUUAGAUGACGAAAUAAAAAGGAAGGGAGGAGGGAAGAAUAUUGAUCAGCGUGUUGGAUUCAUGCUUUUCUUUUUUGGUUUAAUAGGAAGGCAGUCAAUGCUCUCCCUAA